AUGGUGUCUACUUCUUCUCAAUCAGAGAUUGAGAUUGUAAAUGCUUUUGAUGGCCUUGCACCACCCACUGCAUCCACUUCUACUACAUCCUCUUCAUCACCAUUGCCCUGCAAUGUUUUUAUUAAUCAUCGCAGACUAGACGUAAAACACAAGCUCGCUACAGAUAUCUACAAUGCCCUCCAUGCUUUGGGCCUCAACGUCUUUCUUGAUUCCCACGAUCUUCACUUGGGGGAUUUCUUCCCUACACAACUACAACAGGCAAUGUCUCGUGCUUCCCUACAUGUAGUGAUACUGUCUCCCACAUAUGCACAAUCGCCUUGGUGUCUUGCUGAGCUAUCCUUUAUGCUCAGCACUGGCACGCCUGUUAUUCUUGUUUUCUACCGAGUCCAACCUGGCGAUCUCCGUCAUCUGAAAGGAAUCUACGCAGAUUUCUUUUCGGAGCAUGAAGAGAAGGGUAGAUAUAUAGACAAGCUUGAGGAGUGGAAGAAGAAUAUUGUGAAUCGUGUAUUGGAAGUAAUUAAUAUAGUACCUUUAGAAGUAGCAAAAUAUCCUGUGGGUCUUGAAGAGUUGGUAGCAGAUUUUGAAAUGACAGUCAGUGAAUUUGCAAAGGUUCAUUCUCAUGUUCAGGUUGUGGGAAUUUGGGGUAUGGGCGGAGCGGGGAAAACCACUCUAACAAAAGAAUUAUAUAAUAAAAAAUAUUCAUCCAUGAAAAAUCACAGUUUUCUUUUUGAUAUUAGAAGUGCCGCAAGCAAAAGCAAAUUGCAUAAAAUGCAGAGACAACUCCUUCAAGACUUAAAGUUCAAAUUCAAUGAUCAAUCAUUUAACAACAUAGAGCAAGGCAAGAAUAUUCUAUCUAAUUAUUUGAGAUCUGUUCCUGUAUUCAUUGUUUUGGAUGAUGUGGAUCAUCCAGGGCAAUUAGAGGCUUUCUUGCCUGCAAAGGCUAGCCUUGCAUCUGGGAGUUUGGUUAUUGUUACAACACGCGAUAAGGAAGUCUUGAAGGUAUUGGGAGCUCAGCUUUAUGAUUGCUUUAAUAGAGAUUUAUGGGAGGAGGUAUUGCAUAAAAUCUCUAUAAUAUUACCCAGUGAUAUUAUAAAUAGAUUAAAAGUAAGCUAUGAUGCAUUAGACAGACAAGAGAAACAGAUGUUUGUGGAUGUAGCUUGUUUUUUUAUUGGCAAAGACAAGAUGACCGCUAUUGCAGUAUGGGAAGGAUCAGGUUGGAGCGGUCAGUGGGGUUGGAAGAGCCUUGAGUGUGAGGAGUUCACCUUACAAUCAGAUAUCCUAGAAAAUAUGUCAAAGCUAGAGUAUUUGAAUCUAAAUGAGUGCACACAGUUGGAGGAGUUGCCUCGUCACACCACAAAUCAGGCUUCCUUGAGUGAGCUCUAUUUGAAUGAAACCAGGUUAAGGGAGCCCCCAAUUAACAUCGGUCAACUCAACAAGUUGAGAGUGAUGGAGAUAGGUCCACAUGGAGGGUGUUUCCAGAUGCAAUCUUUACCGGACUCUAUGGAGAGGCUUACACUUUUAGAGCAAUUGGUAUUAAAAAAUUUAGAAUUGCAAUCACUACCAAAAUUUACUUCUUUGUGGAGGAAUCUAAAAGAAAUACAUCUCCACCGUGCAUUCACAAGGGUUUCAAAGAUGUCAAUUUCUGAUGACUGUUGUCCUAGCCUUAAAACUCUAACAAUUUCUGAUGACCAUUUAAUGGAGGUUGACACUCUACCAACAAUAGUGGAGGAUAUCUGGGUGAAGAGGUGCAAAUUGCUAAGGAACAUAAGUGGUAUUGGUGGCAUUAUAAACCUUCAAUACCUAAGGCUAAGCCAUUGUUCAGAGUUGGACACGCUAUCAUGUUUUGAUAAAUUAGCUUCACUGAAAAGAUUUACACUAGAAGGGGCCAACAAAGUUGAGACGAUACAAGGUUUACAACACUGCACAUCAUUGGAGGAGCUUAAGAUAGAAGGUAAAUGUUGGGAGGUGUCAGGCAUUGAAAGUUGGGAGAACGUGAAAAGAUUGAGAAGGCUACGCCUUGUAGCAAAGUUUAGAUCGGCUGUGGACCGUUGCAUUCAAACGAUUCAGAUGUCUCUAUCCGGAAUUGAACUUGGGUCUCCGCAAUGA